AUGGGGCCAGCCGGGCGCACCCUGCUUGCCUGGGACUUUGACUGGUCUCUGAUCGAGGAGAACUCUGACACCUGGGUGAUCGGCCAGCUGGGGGCCGACGAGAUCUACCGCAAGGGGCGGGAGGCAGGCAUGCCGUGGACGCAACUCAUGGACCACACGCUGCGGGAGGCGGCGGCGCUGCUGGGGCGCACCCGGGAGGAUGUGGAGGCCGCGCUGCAGGCCACACCGCUGCACCCAGAGCUUGCAGACCUGCUGCGGGCGGCGGCGGCAGUGGAGGGCGGGGAGGCAGUUGAUAUUGUGGUGCUGAGCGAUGCCAACACGGUGUACAUAGAUACCAUCCUGGCCCACCAUGGCCUGCGCCAGCUAGUGGCCGAGGUGCACACCAACCCUGCAGAGUGGCGCGGCGGUGUGCUGCGCGUGGGCCCCUACCACAGCAAGCCGCACAGCUGCAGCCGACGCUGCCCGGCCAACCUGUGCAAGGGCAAGGUGCUGCUUGAGCUUCUGGAGCGGCGGCGUGCGGCGGGACGGCAGUACAGCCGGGUGCUGUACGUGGGCGACGGCCGCGGCGACUUCUGCCCGGCUGUGCUGCUGCUGCACGGCGGCGGCACCGCGGCAGGCGGCGGCGACGCGGCGGCAGCGGAUGGCGGCGGCGGCGGCAGCCAGUCGCCGUGCGGCGGCAGCGGCAACCGCGUGUAUGCUCGGCAGGAGUACCCCGACGGCCUGCCCUGCUCUCUGUCAGUCAUGCUGCGGAAUGAAGCCCACGGCGACGGCGGCAGCCCAGCAUCAGCAUCAGUGGCGGCGGUAGCGGGGCGGCAGGCAGGGGCUGAGGCAGAGGCACGGGUGGUGCCCUGGCGGCGCCCACAGGAGCUCGCUCAGCUGCUGCGUAGGGAACUGCACCUGGCAGCCUAG